AUAUUGUCGCGUAAUAAGUGCGGUGUUCGAUAAAAAUCAGAACACCGCAAUUUAUUGCUUGUACGGUUAAUGUAAAAACGGGACUCCGAUAAUGACUAAUGUAAUGAAAUCAUUUCGGGAUAGUCUUUCAAAUGCAAAAAACGUUCUUAUUUUAACGGGAAGUGGAAUAUCGGCCGAAUCGGGAAUUCCAACAUUCCGCGGUCCCGGAGGAUUUUGGCGAACUUAUCAAGCACAAAGUCUCGCUACACCACAAGCAUUUCGAGCUAACCCUUCUUUAGUAUGGGAAUUUUAUGAAUACCGACGGCAAUUAGCCAGCAAAUGUAUGCCUAACAAGGCACACGAAGCAAUUUCAAAGUUUCAAAGCAGACUUGUGAGAGAAAACAAAGUUGUUACUGUUGUCACACAGAACAUUGAUGGACUUCAUCAAAGGUCUGGCACAGAUAAUGUUAUUGAACUGCACGGAUCUCUAUAUAAAACUCGUUGCACUAAAUGCAAGCGCGUUGAAUUCAACGAAACCAUACCAAUCUGUCCAGCCUUGGCAAACAAGUGUUCUCCAGAUCCGAAAGCUACAUCUUCAGAUAUUCCUAUAGAAAAAUUACCAAAAUGUGAAAAUAAUGGAUGUUUCGGUCUACUAAGGCCACAUAUAGUAUGGUUUGGUGAAAAUCUUGAAGGCACAAUCCUCGAUAAAGCACAAGAAGCUGUCAAAAAUUGUGAUGCCUGCCUCAUAAUUGGUACGUCAUCCGAUGUUUAUCCUGCUGCAAUGUUUGCACCACAAGUUGCUGAGAGAGGUGUGCCUGUAGCUGAAUUUAACCUCGAAGAAACUUCAGCAACGCGACAUUUCCAAUACCAUUUUCGCGGCCCUUGUACAACGACGGUAACUGAUGCAUUGGAUCCUUGAAAAAAUCUUUUCUGCCAAAACAGCAAGAACAUUGCGAUUUUUCAGAUUUGCGUAAAAACAGGUUGAGGAAUCAGUCAUUAAAUCUAUACUUGAAUGUUUAAUUGAACUUCAUCGAUGGACCCCUGGAACAUACUCGACGAUCCUCUUUGAAAAUUGAUACUUUGAUAAUAUAAUUUUCAUAAAUAUUUUAUUUCUUCAUGCGACUCAUACAAUUUCUGAGAAGUUUGAUACAUCUCCAAAAUGGAAAGACUCUGAUAUGUACACAUAAAAUCAUUGAAGUAUUAUAAAACUGUUUUUAAAAAUCUGUUUAUCAAAUGAUUAAUUUUUUAUCGCAAUAUAAGAUAAAAUUUUGUUUUUUCUAAAUUAUUUUUCAGUUCCUUAGAAUUUUUAUCAAUUAUUAUCAAUGUUCAUAAAGUUUCACGAAUAAAUUUUUUUUAAAUUUUAUCUCAAAGUUAUGAUCUUAUUAAAAUUUGUGCAUACAAUGUUUUUAUUGCUAAUUCAAUCUCAUGUUGAAACAAAAUACUGUAAUAUUUGAAAAAAAAUAAAUGUUAAAAAUUGAAAUGCCAUUGGAUUGAAAAUGUAAUUUAAAAAAAUGGGCUUUUCCAAAGGUAAAUGUUUUGAGUAUCAUAAUUGAGCUAUUAAUGGCUGUCCUGCUAUACUAAAUUAUAAUAGCAAAAUGAAAAUAACUAUAAAAAGAGUAAUUAUUAAGGAAAUCUUGAAAGUCAAUGAUAGACCGGUAACACAGUUUUGUUGCAUAGGAAACUUAUUUAUUUCUGGUUCCACGAAGUCAUGAAACAGCAGAAAAAUCCCCAAAUUUUAAUGGAUGAUUUCUCGCUCAAAAUGCUCUUCACGGUUUCCAAAUGAUGGGGUGGGAUGACAAAAAUCAUGUUGAAAUUCACACUGGUCGAACGCAUCGAAAUUUUAUUCAUAAGAAUGCCCGAAAUGUUAUUGUUUAAAUUUGUGAAUUCCAAACAUUGAAUCUGCGAAUUCACCUUUCAUUUUGUUUUUCAAAUAAAAGCUCGUACAAUAAAUUGAUAAAAAAGUAUACAUUAAAUCCGUGCCAAAAAAGACGAGUCAUGAGAAAAAAAAAACGAGAUAAGAUUAUCACGGAGACAUUUUUCGGUGCAUUUCGAGUGUGCAAAUAUCAAUAUCAUUCGUAAAAUUGUAACAAAUGUAUAUAAAAAUACCAUCAGUUUUAUUAUGCAUAUUUUAAGCGCAUGAUAAUACUAUGUGUUUUAAAAUAAUUCUUACAAGGAUGAUGUCAGUCUAAAAACCGUUUUGAUCGUACACAUACUGUCGAUUUGUUCUAAAAAAUAAACGAUCUCAUGUGCACACGCU